UGGAGCUAUGAUUUAAAUGCAGCGGAUGGUAUGUUUUCAUUUUUUCUUGUUCUAGAGUUCUGAAAUUUAGAUAAGUGCAACGUAGAAGAACCCUAGUCGAAAGCGACCAAGCUCAAUUAAAUUACGAGAGUCCACCCUCGUAAACGACCAGCUCUAGCUACGACCACUCAUUCAUGAAAUCCCGAGGUGGUCGCUUACGAGACUGGUUUUGAGUGCGUACUGAUGUUUAAUGAAAAGAUUAUUUUCCUUCUCUGAAAAAUAACGUUGUCAUGAAGUUUUCGUACGCAAAGCCAAAAAACUUUAACUGCAAUAUGUCGACUCCAUCACAUCGUGCUUCACUGUUUCGCUGUGAUAAGUGGAAUAUACGAUUUAACUGUUGGUCACGGGUUGAUUGUAAAUCAUUUGAUCAUUUCAUUGCGGGGUAUAUAGGUGGUGGAUGUUGGAAUAUUUUAACCCAAACUAGAUUGCAAGGACAAAAACCCAGUUAAAGAGCACUACACAUAAAAUAAUUAAGUCCAAUAGUUGGUUGAAGACUUCAUUAUCGUCAUUAUUUUUUUCGAUUCAUUUUUAAUCUCUUUGCGCUUCUUACAUUACAUUGCCCUCGUAAUUCUUCUCUAGGACCUAACAGUUGGGGUGGUAGUUGCGGUUCUGGGAGUAAACAGUCGCCUAUAGACAUCAACACCACCACAGCCAUGUAUGACUCAAGCCUGGGUGAUUUUACACUUGUCAACUACGGCACUACACCAGCUGGUGUCAAUUUUACCGCUAAAAACACUGGUAAAUCCUUGAAAGUAUCAAUGGACAGCAAUAUAUACAACGUAAGCGGAGGUGGCCUCCCUGGAGUUUACACCACCGUUCAGUUGCACCUGCACUGGGGAUCAAACAACAGCCGGGGAUCGGAACACACUAUGGACGGGAUGAUGUAUCCUGCUGAGGUGUGUUAUGUCCGAUGCUAUAUGUGGCAGCGUUAAGCUUUGUAUCAUGAAAGUAAUUACCAGGCCCGGAUCCACACCGGUUUCCACCGUUUUACGGAAAUCGGUCAGAUUUUUCAUAAGAAACUUAUUUUUAAUAAUAAUAGAACUUUCCAAGUUGAAAUCUUGAAAAUGGUCUGGACAAAUGUUUUCUUUGUCCAAUUUCUGGGAAUUUGAUGCGCCCCUAAUGAAUCAGAAACNGGGGAUCAAACAACAGCCGGGGAUCGGAACACACUAUGGACGAGAUGAUGUAUCCUGCUGAGGUGUGUUAUGUUCGAUGCUAUAUGUGGCAGCGUUAAGCUUUGUAUCAUGAAAGUAAUUACCAGGCCCGGAUCCACACCGGUUUCCACCGUUUUACGGAAAUCGGUCAGAUUUUUCAUAAGAAACUUAUUUUUAAUAAUAAUAGAACUUUCCAAGUUGAAAUCUUGAAAAUGGUCUGGACAAAUGUUUUCUUUGUCCAAUUUCUGGGAAUUUGAUGCGCCCCUAAUGAAUCAGAAACGCGGGAAAGCGAACUUUAGGGAGUUAGUAUCCAAAAAAAUUCCCGGGGGUGCAUGUCCCCGGGCUCCCCUAGAAGCUUGCUCUCUCGGCCCCUCGUUUAGGAAAUCGGUCAGUAUUUAUCCUCGAUCCGCGACUGAUUACCUUGGUAAAAGCUGAAACGAUAGCCAGGAAAAACGCUUCUAUGUGCUUAAGUCGCAAUUGGGUUUUGCUUCGCUCUGCCUUUGUUGAGUAAACGGCGCCGGAUUAUUUAAGCCAGUUACACGAGUUGAAUAAGAAUUAGUCAAAGUGAUCCUAUUGUCGGAACAUACCCUGAGCGGGAAUAAAUUUCCUGCCGAGGUGCGUUUUUUUUGUGAGGUUUACAGUGUGGUGACAUUGCCCAUUUUUAGAGUUUACGGUGAAGUUUCACUUUAAAUGUACUCUGUGUAACAUAAACUAUGGUGUUACCUCCCCAGAGGAGGUAACCUCAAUGAUGUUCUUUACAGGGAGGCUCCUCCCAUACCUUUUUUCAGGAUUCCCGUAUAUGAGAGGGUAGAUAUUUCACAGGGUGAAAUAAGUGAAAGGAUAGGGAAAUCUCUCAUUUUGUAGUGUAAAACGUCUUAAAACGUUUGAAAGACGCAUUUUACGGCUGUGAAAAGUCAAAAAUACUUCAUGGCUGGCGCCUUUAUUCAUAUUAAAGGACAGUGCAUUUUGAGCAGUUAAAAAGGAUACAGAUUUCUAAUUUAGGAAUGAGAUACAAUUUGUCAAUACACUGUACACGAAAGGAGUACCUUUCGGUCAAAAAUCGUAUAUGAGGGUAACGGGUUAGACAUCGGGGUCUUUUGGUGAGUGCUCCCCCACCCCCCUUCCCCCCCGGUGUUUGAUGAGUCAAAAGUGUUUUUAAGGUACCUUAAGUUUUAAUUCCCCCGGACAACAAUAUGGCGGACAUACCGUGACAUAAUGUGAAAAAGCUCUAUAAAACGGCCCUCUUAAUUCGCAAUUUAACUUUUGAUCAAAAAUUUAACAAAAUAUCUACCGAACACAGAAAAAUGUUCAUCCCAAAAUGAACAGCAAAUCGUCCACCGGUAAGAACGUAUUCGAAAGACAAUACACCAAACUAGUCCGUAUCAAGAUACGACUGUAACCGUUUCAAGAAUGAGUUGGUGAAAUGAGUCACGAAUUACUUAAAUUCUUACCAGUUUGUAAUUCUCUGUUCCAGCGUGUUUUCCCUCAUGUGCGGUUAUUCGUGAACUGUGAAAUUUUUUUUUACUUGGAUACUAGCCGUUUAACGAAGGCAUUUAUAGACGCUGAAACUGUGUAGCAACUUCAAAUGCAUAGUGUAUUUGCAUAACUAUAUCUAUCACUAGCAUUUGUUAUUUCGGCUGCCUUUGUUUGACAUUUUUCAAACAAAAAGUUUUUUUUAAUAAAGGGAAAAUUUAUUAUUUAAAUUUAUUUAUUAUUUCUAUUGAAAUGAAAUACUCUGGGGACGCUUUUGAAGCUGUUCAAAACACUCAUAGCACAUUUUCGCGCUGAAUGCCGUUCAACCAAUGGUUAAACAUUGCUGUUCGUGUUUUAAAACGUUACCUAUUAGGACUUAAAUUCUGUUCUCAAUUUUUAGAUCCAUUUCGUCAGCAUGAACACCAAAUACUCCAACCUCAGUGAGUCGCUAGGUUAUUCAGAUGGUUUGGCCGUGCUGGGUGUUUUCCUCAAGGUA